AUCAAGAAUGGUAGAUCUCCUUCGCUAGAGUCAUCCCUGAAGAAGAAAGCCAAGCUCCGCAGGCCGGGACACGAAUAAGAGCUUCUUCUUCAAAAAUUACAUAUUUUUAUAUGUAUAUAUAGAUAUAAAUAUACAUACAAGCACAGAUAAUACUGAAUCGCGAAGAUGAUGUCAAGCAAUUAUACUGCCAUUGAUAAUCAAAAUGUCUCCGGAUCUGUUCCUGCAGUAGCAGAUCCUUCACCCCAAGUUUCUGUCAAAUUCACUGAGUCGAAUCUUCAGACCUUUCCGCCUUCGACUUCACAGGGGAAAAUCUCACGUAGCUCUGGGCCACCUCGUGAUGCUGAUGAUACCUUCUCCAAACCAGUAUCUGGUUCUGAAGAUCCCCAGCAGCAGCAGCAGGCGAGUGGCUGGUUGAGUGUUUUCACCAUUGCUGCUUACAAGCCCUAUUUUGACGUUGACACAUCUGAUGUUUUGGAAAGAAUAAAAGAUUCACUCUUUCCUUUCAGCGGAGCCUUUACUGAGAAGACUUCUAGUAGCCCAGAUUUGUAUGGACCAUUCUGGAUAUGCACUACCUUGAUAUUUGUGGCAGCUUCCAUUGGCACGUUUGUUACAUAUCUAUCCCACAAGCUUCAGAACAAAGAAUGGGACUAUGACAUCAAUCUCCUGACUUGGUCUGCAGGCUUAUUCUAUGGAUAUGUACUGAUAGUCCCUCUCUGCUUAUAUGUAAUUCUCAAGUACUUCUCUGCUCCAGCUGGCAUUGUUCAACUGUUCUGUCUUUAUGGAUAUUCCCUGUUCAUCUUCAUCCCUGCAUUGUGCCUCUCUGUUGUCCCAUUCGAAAUUUUCAGAUGGGUGAUUGCUGGUGUAGCAGGGUUCAUGUCCGCCACCUUCGUUGCACUUAAUCUCAAGACCCACAUCGUGUCUUCUGGUGAGAGGUGGUUCUUGAUUGUAGUUGGUAUCUUUCUGUUGCAGCUUGCUCUUGCUUUGGUGCUAAAGCUCUACUUGUUCACUGUCACAGUAUAACUCACUCUAAGAACUGUAGUUAAAAAGACACAUGAAUGCAUCAACUCGAAUUGUAAUUCAUCGUUAAGACAAUUGUAUUAAUUCAAUUUUGGUAUUGCACAAUAAUAUUCAUUUAGAAGAAACUUGUGUUUCUGGGUCAUU